AUGUUUAAUCUGAAUUCCAAAUUAUAUUUUGGUUUAAGAAAUAUAAAUCAGUUAACUAGUAAUCACAAAAUUUAUUAUGCAAACCCAAAGAGAGUAUUAAAUUUCCCAUUCAAAUACAAUGAAUUUACAACUACAAAAAAAGUUAUUAACAAUAAGAUAAAAGAUAUUCACGACAAAACAUAUGCCGAAAAAAAUGGUCAUGGCCAUGGAGAACAUACAAAGGGAUUAUACCAUCAUGUAGACCAUCACCAUGGGAAUCCUCAUGAUCAUUUAACUGAGGAUGGAACAAGAAAAUCAGAAUAUGAUUUUGAUAAUUAUCAUUGGGAUGAUUAUUGGGCAAAUGUUCCUAAACAAAACAUCAUAAUUGUGAAUGGCCAAAAAAUGAUUAAAGGAGAUGAAACAAAACCAAUGGAAUAUUUAUUUAACGUUAGUCAACAAAACAUUCCAUUUUGGUCUAGAACAAGAUUAAAUGUAUGGGGAAAUCACAAUUUGGUUUUAAAAGUCGAGUUUUUAUUUUUUUGGAUCCCAACUCUUAUUAUUUUUAGUAUAGCUAUUCCUUGUUUCACAAUGCUGUAUAUGUUAGAUGAAAUUGUCCAUACAACUAUGACAGUCAAAGUUAUUGGACGACAAUGGUAUUGGAUUUAUGAAGUGGAGUCUCCUCCAGAAGAUGAAGAAUAA